GAUGCUCCGUGGUCACUGGUCAACCACUCAGGCCGGGACGGUGGUAUGUGUGUAACCAUAUACAAAAGACCUCAUCCCACGCCGCCAAGAACCCGGAAACGGCCCAGAGACUCGCGACAAGCAUUUGUGAUUUCUCACCACUACAUAAACACACACAACCACCCGACACUUAAGUAACGAGACCCAUGAUGGCUUCCGGAACCCCCAAGGCCGACUGCUGCCUCAAGGCCUCCCUCUGGGAGGGCACGCCCGCCGGUGCAGAAACGACCUUGCCGGGCGUGCCCAACCCAACAUAUGUCUCCCAACCCCCGUCCCCCUCCCGCGUGGCCAUUCUGAUGAUCCACGACAUGCUCGGCUGGACCUUCCUCAACAACCGCCUGCUGGCCGACGCCUACGCGCGCGAGGCCAACGCGACCGUCUACCUGCCCGACUUCUUCGGCGGCGAGGUCGUCCCGCUGGAGCCCGCGCUCGCCGGCCGGUUCGAGGAGCUCGACCUGCCCGGCCUCACGACGCGCAACGCGCGGUCGGUGCGCGAGCCCGAGAUCCUCGCCUACGCCCGGGCCCUGCGCGCGUCGGGCCAGUACGACAAGAUCGGGGCGAUCGGGUUCUGCUACGGCGGCUGGGCCGUGUUCCGGCUGGGCGCAGAGGAGUUUGUCGACCCGGCGACGGGCAAGCCCCUCGUGGAUGCCAUCUCGGCGGGCCACCCCAGCAUGCUGACGGAGAAGGACGUCGAGGAGCUGUCGGUGCUGGUGCCGGCGCAGCUGGUCGCGCCCCAGUUCGACUUCGUCUACUCGCCGGAGAUGAAGCAGUUCACGUUCACCGCGCUGCAGAAGAAGAAUGUGCCGUUUGAGUAUCAGCACCUUCCUGGGGUCGAGCACGGGUGCUUGGUCAGGGGCGAUGCGAACAAGAAGGGCGAGAGGGCCGCCAUGGUCCGGGGGAAGAAUGCGGCGGUCGCUUGGUUCAAGCAGUGGCUUCACGAAUGAGCGAUGCUUACCUUAGGUAGGAUGUGGCUCGGUCUCUGUUCGGGAGGCGGCGGUGCCUGAUUCUCGGGAAGCUGCCGGUACCAUUUUCUGUGUCAGGGUUCAACUCUCCUUGAGACAAGGGACGACAUACACAUAAGAAAUAAUUGAACGUCUCUCAUCGACAUGAGCAUAACUCUCCAUAUGGACUAUCGAUUGCACCCAUUCAACGGAACCUUGAACAAUAAGAGCUGUGUCAGGGCUCCAUUUGACUCAAGUUUCAGGCGGGAGUGAGUGACCACUACGCCUUCGGGGCCCAAGUGUACCUUAGGCAAGGUAGAUAGAUUGGGCUCAUUGACAUCGGCGGG